AUGAGUGAUAGUGACAGCGACACGUACGACCCGGCAGAGGUGAGUGGCACAAAGGUGGCACAUAACAUGGACGCUGUCGCAGUUGCUGCAACGACGAAGCAUGACGAUGGCAGCGCACCGUCAAGUUCGCCCCAGGUAUCUGCCACAUCAACAACGACGGCACCAACAACAUCACACCCAGUCAUGAACACAACAACGGCGGCGGGAACACCAAGCUCAGGGACAACGGAAUUGGCAUCAUCCUUGACUUCGACAGGGUAUACUCUUCGUGGGGUAAGUGGUCGUGUUCGUUCCGCCUGCCUGAGUCCAUUGGGGUCGACGCUGUGCGCCGCAGGGGAAGGUGGGACGCUCUGUAUGUGGGACUUCUCGGUUCCAUUGGAGAGCCGCGCUGUGAAGCCAACACGCAUUCUCACGCCGUUCCCGAACCGUAUCUCGGGAUUUCAACCAAUUGUGUCUGUGCAUUCUGCCAGUGAUGGGGCUUACUUUGUUGCUUGCCAGGAUGGCGACUGUCCCGCACUCAUUGCGGCUAGCGGCAAGCAGCUGGGCUACUGUGCGAUGGGGCAGCGUGGUGUCGUGGAUGUCGUUCAGUGUAAAGGCCAUCGAGCACCUGUGACGUGUUCGGCGCCAUCUCCAGGGAUGGCCUCACGCUUCUUCACCGGGUCUCAAGACAGCACCGCUCGCAUAUGGGACACAGCGUCGUUUGAUCGGCAGUCGGUCUAUGCGGUGAAACACGGCUCCGGGCAACUGCUUGAGAACGUUGUGGUGGAGGCUGUUGUGCCCCUCCUCAGCGCUACCGGUGACAAGACGUCCGUAUUUGCUACUGGUGGGGAGGAUGGCCUUGUGCAAUUGUGGGAUGCACGCCAAAAAUACCGACCGGGUGGUGUCAUUGGGGUUCUGGAUGUGUACAGCAGCAAGGCUGGUGCUGGGUCGAGUCUGAAGGCCUCAAAUAAUGAUUCUUUCUUCGAAGAGAAGCACGUGGGUGGCAUGGCGGAACCCGAUUCCUCACGCCCAAUGCUCUGUGUGCGCUACGGCUCCAAUGUGCGUGUGCUGGACUUGCGCAAGAUGGGGAAGAACGGUAUUGUAGAAGAUGUUUGUCCACCGCUUACGGAUCUACCGUUUUCGACAGACACAACACCAUUGAUACCAUGCACGAGUACGUUGUUUUCGGAGGGGAAGCCUUCAUUUAUGACGUGCACGAGCCGCGCUGGAUACCGACACAUUGCAGGGGGCCACGUGGUGCAAUUCACCUACAUCGAGGGGAGCUAUCAACCAGCCAUGGUGUGGCGGCCAGGUACGGCAGAGGACAACGUGCUCGCUAUUGCGGUUGACGUGCAACAAGGGCAGCUGUUUGCGGGGAUGCAUAGCGGUGACGUUAUUGGACGCGUUAGGCGUCUUGGUGUGGACUUGGCUGGGAGUGCGCCAACCAUGCAGACAUGGCUUUCUUCACGCCCAGAGCGUGAAGAACGUGUAGUGGGGAAGAAGUCUCGGCGAGGGGAGGCUGACCUGGACGAUGAGGCGGUCUUUUAA